UGGCACUCUGCCAUGCUUAAAUUCACAAGACAAGCAAUCGUAACAAAUGCGUUGAAAGGAGUACGAUUCAAUAGCUCUGUAGCAACUGCUGCAAUACCGCUCACGGCCAAACAUAAGAUUGAAGCCAUUGACACGGAACGGCCAUUCUCAAACUUUCUAACAGAUACCUUUGAUCGUCAGCAUACCUAUCUUCGCAUAUCCAUAACAGAGAAAUGCAAUCUACGAUGUACAUACUGUAUGCCCGCUGAGGGUAUUCAAUUAUCAUCAAGCGAUGAACUUCUUACAACUGAGGAAAUAUUGAGACUUGCCCGUUUGUUCGUAUCUCAAGGCAUUACUAAGAUUCGCUUGACUGGCGGCGAACCAACCGUUCGGCCCGAUAUCAUACAACUGGUCCAAGGCAUAGGCGAACUAAAAAAUCAUGGACUUCAGCAUCUAGGAAUGACUUCAAAUGGAAUUGCGUUAAAAAGAAAACUUCCUAGCCUUGUCGAUGCGGGAAUGGAUUCACUCAAUGUCAGUCUGGACACCUUGGACAAAGACAUGUUUGAGAUUAUCACUCGGCGGAAGGGAUAUGAGCGGGUGUUGGAAUCUGUACACCAAGCUCUGGAGCUUGGUAUGCCGUCUGUCAAGAUCAACUGCGUCGUUAUUCGAGGAACAAAUGACCGUGAAGUGUCCAACUUCGUUGCCUUAACCAAGAAUCUUCCUAUUACUGUCAGGUUUAUCGAAUAUAUGCCUUUCGAUGGCAAUCGAUGGAACGCGGAUAAGCUGGUGCCAUACAAGGAUUUGAUAAGAGAUAUAGAGGGAAGAUAUGGAAGACUUCAAAAGGUCUCGGAUGACCCAAACGAUACCACCAAAGCGUUUCGAGUACCUGGGUAUGCUGGAAAGGUUGGAUUUAUUACCUCCAUGUCCGACCACUUCUGUGGUACAUGCAACCGCUUACGCAUCACCACCGAUGGUAAUCUCAAAGUGUGUUUAUUUGGAGCGGCUGAAGUGUCAUUACGAGAUUAUAUGCGACAAUCCGUCAGCGACGAGGACUUGUGCGAUAUCAUUGGCAUGGCUGUCAAGAAAAAGAAGAAACAACAUGCAGUACAAUAUCAUCGCUAUAGACGGCCACCCGGCUUUUUAUCUCUUGUACCCGGAAAGUCUACAUUUUUGAAAGAUCAAGCAAGGUUUUAUUCUACUGAUAAAACUCCAAAACUCACUCACACUGACGCCAACACCGGCAAAGCCAAAAUGGUAUCAGUCACCAGCAAGGAUGUGACUCAUCGAACUGCACAGGCUGAAGGUAGCAUCUUGCUACCGGAAACAACAUUCAAUUUACUCAGCGAAACCACUGUCAUGAAAAAAGGCGACGUUUUGACAGUGGCUCAAAUUGCCGGUAUACAAGCAGCUAAGCAGACCAGCAUGUUGAUACCGCUCUGUCACCCACUUUUACUGUCCAAUAUUCAAGUUCAACUGAGACUAAACACCGAAAAGCAAAGCGUCGAUUGUACGUCUCUUGUUGAAUGCCGAGGAAACACUGGAGUGGAAAUGGAAGCUCUGACUGCAGUCAACGUUGCUUUAUUAACAGUAUAUGAUAUGUGCAAAGCAGCUGGCCAUGGCAUGGAAAUCACUGGUAUCAAGGUCAAAGCUAAGACUGGAGGCAAAUCUGAUUUCCACGUGAUGUGACUGUGAUGGCAAUGAAAUUUCAAUAAUAAAAGGCUUUGUUUUUUUUUUCUCUUUCUCAACAUAACGGGAACUUGUUUAGAGUCGUAGCGGGUGCUUUACCCUGUGCGCUG